GAUCAUUUAACGGAAGUAUUCAAGUCAGAAGUGAAGGUGCUUUACUAUAGUCCUGCCAAAGAAAGGAAAAAAACUAAAUCUGCUGAGGACAAAAACAGUAUGAACUCGGAAAACGGAAGACUUGCCUCUUGCAUUAAGGACUAGAGUGCUCCCUAAAAGAUCCCUCUAAUCGCCACUUGCUUCUGGUUAAUGACACUUGUGCACUCAUUUUAUUGUUGGGCAUCGCGAGUGAGAAUUGAGGUGAGAGUUUAACACAGAGGUGCGAGACCGAGCGCCAUGUUUCAUUGCAAAAAAGGAUCUGUACAUGAUAACAAAUGAACGUCUGAUGCUACUGCAUAUUUGUGUUGGGAUAUCUAAGGAGCAGCAAACGUGAAGCAAUGAGUGAAAAUUAAGACCAGGAAUUCAAUGAUCCAACAUGGAAGAAGUCCGUUUCUCUGAACCAGUUUACCAUCUCAUGCUUGUGGGGGAUUUCUUGGGUGUCAUCUUCAUUUUCAUAUUGAUCUUCUGGAUUGCUGAUAACAUUCAAACUUGCCGCAAAACGGCUGCCAAAUGGAACAGGAGCAUUCGCAAGCGAUCCCAACGCCUCUCCAGUACUCAAUUGUGGACUUGUUCCACUGGAUCGGAACAAAUCGACUCGCCCAACAAAAUCACAAUCUCAAGGAGUAACAGUAAAGGCCUUGACCAAGAAUUGGGUUCCAUCCCAAGUUUCACCGACCACGAGGUCCCCCAAGGUUUGGGAGGACGCAAUAUGAGUGUGGUCAGUGAACGAUCCACCACCAGUGUGGUCAGCUACGAUCCCAAUCAACGGACUUCCAUUGGUUCGAUCUCGCUGCAAAGUUCCGGUCCUUUGGGGGGUUCGGUGGAAGGUGCUGGGCCCAAUGUCAAACCCCUGGGCACCACCCUCCCAGACCUCUAUGUCCAGUUGUCUGAUUCUCAAUUACAAGAAAUGGUGGAAGAGAAGAAGAAUCGGGACAAUUUAGAGGGCUCUCAAGGACCUUUUGUAGAUCCUCAUCUGGUUUGCCGGCGAUUAGAGGUCUUGCCCGAAAUGUCAGAACAAUCCAGUAUCCAAUCCAAUUUAGUGCUCAAUUUCCCUGUGUCUUCUCGAAAUCGAGAAUGAAAUAAUUUCUUGUGCGGUUUGUCCAAUGUCAAGUAUCUCAUGUCAAUGCUAGAUGGCUUGGUCCAUUCUGAUAAAUUUCAAUGGUCAGA